CUUUUCAUAUGCAGCACCGGGCUCUACUCAAUCUUACGCUCAGUAUCAAACAUCUUACACUUACUCAUAUCCGACGUCUACAACACCCCUAUCAACAGCCACUUAUCCUCCAGGAGUAACGUUGCCACCAUCGCAAGUAACUUCUAAUUUUCAACCCAAUCCUCCCGGAGUCACAUCAAGUUCCUCGUGGUAUUCUGCACCAAUACCAACUACGAUGUCUUAUCAAACACCUGCUUAUAAUCCAGCUUCAUUCGACCCCAAUGUCUAUUAUCAAACAUAUGGGAUUUAUCCGGCAACUGGUGCAGCUUCUGGAACAUAUCCAACUUAUUCAGCAGCUCCAUUGCCUGAGGCUAGUAAUUUCACCCACAAUAACUCAUCAUUUCCUAUUGCUCCAUUACCUGAUUCUGGAACAAAUACCGUCAAUACUGUACAAAAUAAUGUUAUAAAUGAGGGAAAGUCAUCAGAAGUUCAACAAACAACCUCCGGAUUUGCGAACUUACAAGUCAAUCCUAGUGCUAAUAAUGGGAUUAACAGUGAUGACCAAAAGCCAAAACCACUAUAUCGCCAGAUUAAAAUCCAGCAAAACAAGACUUUGAUUAAAAAUAACCCAUUAGAAAGUCCAGAGCCUGAGAGUACAACUGAAGACCAACAAAGCUCAAAUCAAAAAUCACAGUAA